AUGAGUAAAUUCAGCCUUGAGCUGACUGUGGGGAAUGACUUUCUGAAGCGCAAGUAUUAUAGAUUUGUGGAAUCUGAAAAGAGGCCAAUUUUGUUCUACCUCGGAAGCACGGGAGGACCUCCUCGGAAUUGGAAGGGAAUUGGGAUCGCCAUGGUGGUCAUCUUGGGGGUCAUGUCUCUGGUCACCCUCUCAAUUUUUCUGCUCACACCUGACGAGUCUCACCUCCUGCUGCUGUCUCGUCUCACUCUGGAGAACCUGGAGAGCGAGGACUUCAGAGUUCAUGACCCAUGUGCGAUGUGGCUAAAUGAGAACGAGGUGUCACUUUGCACACGGGAGGGUCACGUUUUAAUCCACAGUCUCAGCACCAAUCUAACCACCACGCUAUUGGACAACAGCACCCUGGAUCUGAAGUCCAUGAGGUUCCAGGUUUCAGCUGAUAAGAAGUUCAUCCUGAUGGCUUAUAAUAUCCAACAUGAGAGUGAACUACAUCUUUUAUCUACUGGACUGGACAAAAUCUUUUCAGACAGGCAGGAGAGACCCCUUACAUCGUCCACAAUUUCUGCAGAUCUGAAGUCCAUGAGGUUCCAGGUUUCAGCUGAUAAGAAGUUCAUCCUGAUGGCUUAUAAUAUCCAACAUGUAUUCUCACAGUCCUUCACAGCAUCCUUUGCAAUCUUCACAGUGGCCAGCGGGGAGAUUACAGACCUCACCCCAUCAGAGGAGGAUACAUCUGUACUUCAGUAUGCAGCAUGGGGACCUCAAGGGAACCAGUUGGUCUCUGUCUUUGAAAAUGACAUCUACUACAAGCCAGAUGUUUUUAGCAAAGCGAUGCGUCUGACAGCCACGGGCAGAAACGGAAUGGUGGUUAAUGGACUGUCUGAUUGGACCUAUGAGGAGGAGAUACUGCUGAAAUACCCUGCGUUCUGGUGGGCAAAAGACGGCGCGCGCCUGGCAUAUCUGUCUAUUAACAACUCAGCAACUCCUUUUAUGGAAAUUCAUCACUUCCUGGGCGGAAUCUACCCUUCUAAUGUCCUCUACCCGUAUCCAAAGGCGGGUUCCAGAAUCCCAUCAGCCAGUCUGUUUGUGGUGAAUUUAUAUGGUCCAGCACACACAUUAGAGAUGAUUCCUCCAGACUCCCACAACAUCAGCACACGUCUGACUGUGCGCUGGUUGAACCGGGUCCAGAACCAGUCUGUGCUGUGUGUGUGUGAGGCUACGACAGGAGCCUGCUCAGAGAGGCACCAAAUGGCGAUGGACUUCUGGCACAACAACCAGCGGCAGGAGGAGCCGUUGUUCACGGCAGAUGCUUCCCUGUUUUACCUCAUCCUGCCUGCCAAGCAAGGGGCCCGUGGGGAGUUUCUCCACAUCGCCAGCCUCCCCGCUCAGACUUCCACUCCUUCUGUUUCCCCUCGCUUUCUAACAUCAGGGAACUGGGAUGUAACCUCACUGUGUGCCCUUGACGAGGAGAACGAUAAAAUCUAUUUUCUGAGUACGGAGGAGUCGCGGCAGAGCAGACACUUAUACAGCGUGGAGCUCGGAGGAGUGUUUCAUCGCCAGUGUCUGACAUGCAACCUGUUUGAGCGAUGCAGCUUCUUUAAAGCAGACUUCAGUCCCAAUCAGACAUACUUUACCCUCUAUUGCUUGGGCCCAGGUGUCCCAAAAGUAACCAUUCACAGCACAAGUGACCCUUCCAGAUACACAGUGGUGGAAGACAACAGCCUCCUCGCUAAGUCUCUUGAAACCAAGAGGCUCUCGGAGACAGUUUUCCAGACGCUUUCGUCUGACAACAGAGACCUAGAUCUGAAGAUGUCCCUGCCUCCUGGGUACGAGGGAAACCUGCACUCUCUCCUUAUUAUCAUUGACAGUAUUCCAGGGAGGCAGUCGGUAACAGAGGAGUUUGCCCUGGGCUGGCCGGAGGUUUUAUCCAGCCUGCAUGGAGUGGCACUGGCCUGGAUCGACAGCAGAAGCCAAGUCUCACAGGGACAGAAAAGCAGCACCCUGGACCCUCGCAAGCUGGAUUCCCUACGCAUUAAAGACAAGCUUGGAGUAGUGGAAUGGUUAAUGCAGUUGCCGUACAUUGAUGGGAGAAGAAUUGCUGUUUAUGGAAAGGGAUUCGGUGGCUAUUUAGGUUUGAAGAUGUUGACGGCAACCGACCAGAUGUUCAAAUGUGCCGCUGUCAUGGCUCCCAUCACAGACUUCAAGCUCUAUAGUGCUGCUUUCUCAGAGAGAUAUCUAGGCCUUCCAGCUAAAGAGGAGCAUUCGUACAUGGCUGCAUCUUUGUUGGAUGACAUUCACAAGCUAAAAGAUGAAAACUUCCUCCUCAUACACGGGACUGCAGAUGCACGGGUACAUUUCCAACACAGCGCUGAGUUGUUAAGUCGUCUGGUGAAGGUAGAGGCCAACUACACCCUUCAGCUGUACCCAGACGAAGGGCACUCCUUAAGAGAAGAGCGGAGCAACCAACACCUGCACCGUACACUCCUUCACUACUUCCAAAACUGCCUCAAAUACGACCCCUUCCUCAACAUAGAGGAGGAAGAGGAGGACGACGAAGAGGAAGAGUGAUCUCUUCCACUGUGUCUGCUCUCGGUCCUCAGAGGUGCCCAGUACUGGUGUCUAACGUCAGGAUGCGUUAUUUCACCAAAGGAAAAAAUUAGCAAAAUGGAGAUCAAGAGGACCAAAUUCACCAGCUAUUUUGACUCAAUUUGGGGAUUUCUUAUUUUUUUUCAGACUGCAACCGUCAAUGUUUCCUGAGCGUCCAGGAGGAUGAAAUACAACUGCUCUGGUUCAUACAGUUUUCAAGGAAAUCACACACAGUAUAAUGUCUAAAGGACCCCAUGCAAUCAACAUCUUAAGUCAGUUUAUGUGUAAAAUGGGUAAAAGAUGCAUGUUGAUCAGCCUUGAUAUUGCUGCGCCACCCUGUGUUCAAAGAUGGGAAAAAUACCAGUAGUUUACAGAUUCAGUGUUGUUAUUGUUUACUAAAACUAUUU